ACAAAAUGGCAGCCGGAUCCCAAUGGCGGAUGCUCUUGACAGCUCAAGCCAUCUUCAUGCAAUUCCUGCAGCUCCCAGUCUCCAGGGCAGGCCUGUGCCCAUCGCCCUGCUCCUGCCGCCUCCCCUUAUUGGACUGCAGCCGUAGGAAGCUGGCCAGGCCUGGCUGGGGGACUUUAUUGAGCCCCCUGCCCUCCAACAUCACCAGCUUGGAUUUGAGUCAUAAUCUGUUGUCUAAUUGGAACAUCAGCCUGGAAUCUCAGACAUUACAAGAAGUAAAAAUGAAUUAUAAUGAACUGACAGAAAUUCCAUAUUUUGGAGAAGCAGCCUCUAACAUUACUCAACUUUCAUUAGUUCAUAAUAUAAUUCCAGAAAUAAAUGCAGAGUCAUUCCAGUUUUACACUGCUCUUGAGAGUUUGGACCUCAGCUCAAAUAUAAUAUCAGAAAUCAAGACAUCUUCAUUCCCUCGAAUGCAACUUAAAUACCUAAAUUUGAGUAAUAAUCGGAUAGCCAUCCUGGAGGCUGGUUGCUUUGAUAAUUUAUCAAGUUCCUUAUUAGUGGUCAAGUUAAACCGGAACAGAAUUAGCUUGAUUCCACCCAAGAUCUUCAAGCUGCCUCACCUUCAGUUCUUGGAACUGAAAAGAAACAGGAUUAAAGUUGUGGAAGGACUGACAUUCCAAGGUCUGGACUCCUUAAGAUCUUUGAAAAUGCAGCGGAAUGGAAUUAGCAAGCUUAAGGAUGGUGCGUUCUUUGGCUUGGACAACAUGGAAGAAUUGGAAUUGGAACAUAAUAACCUUACAGAAGUGAACAAGGGAUGGCUGUAUGGUUUGCGAAUGUUACAGCAACUCUACGUGAGCCAGAAUGCUGUUGAAAGAAUCAGCCCUGAUGCGUGGGAGUUCUGCCAAAGACUAUCAGAACUUGACUUGUCAUAUAACCAGUUGACUCGCCUAGAUGAAUCUGCUUUUGUGGGUCUGAGUUUACUGGAAAGGUUGAAUUUAGGGGAUAACAGAAUCACUCAUAUUGCUGAUGGUGUGUUUAGGUUUCUUUCCAAUCUUCAGACACUAAACUUAAGAAACAAUGAAAUUUCAUGGGCUAUCGAAGAUGCUAGUGAAGCCUUUGCUGGACUCACAAGUCUCACUAAAUUAAUUUUACAAGGAAAUCAGAUUAAGUCAAUUACAAAGAAAGCAUUCAUCGGCCUUGAAUCCCUUGAGCAUCUAGAUUUGAACAACAACGCUAUAAUGUCCAUCCAAGAAAAUGCUUUUUCACAGACUCGAUUGAAAGAACUGAUCCUGAACACAAGCAGUUUGCUCUGUGACUGUCAUCUGAAGUGGCUGCUUCAGUGGCUAGUUGAUAGUCAUCUACAACACUCUGUGAAUGUUAGCUGUGCACACCCCGAGUGGCUUGCUGGGCAGAGUAUCCUCAAUGUGGACCUGAAGGAUUUUGUCUGUGAUGAUUUUCUCAAGCCCCAGAUAAGCAGACAUCCUGAAACCACGGUCGCUCUGAGAGGCAUGAAUGUGACUUUGACCUGCACUGCCGUGAGCAGUAGCGACUCACCCAUGUCUGCUGUGUGGCGGAAAGACAGUGAGAUCAUGUAUGACGCCUACAUUGAGAAUUUUGUUCGGUACCAGCAGAAAGCAGGAGAAGCUCUGGAAUAUUCCAGCGUCUUACAUCUUUUCAGUGUGAAUUUCACGGACGAAGGGAAAUAUCAGUGCAUCAUCACGAAUCACUUUGGUUCUAAUUAUUCUCAGAAAGCCAAACUGACUGUGAAUGAGAUGCCAUCUUUUCUGAAAACGCCCAUGGAUCUUACUAUUCGUACUGGUGCUAUGGCCAGACUGGAAUGUGCGGCAGAGGGGCACCCUGUACCCCAGAUUUCCUGGCAGAAAGAUGGCGGUACUGACUUCCCUGCUGCUCGAGAAAGACGAAUGCACGUCAUGCCUGAGGACGAUGUCUUCUUCAUCGCAAACGUGAAAAUAGAGGACAUGGGCAUCUAUAGCUGCAUGGCACAAAAUAUAGCAGGAGGCCUCUCGGCCAAUGCCUCCCUAACGGUAUUAGAAACACCCUCAUUCAUUAGACCCUUGGAGGACAAGACGGUGGCCCGAGGUGAAACUGCAGUGUUACAGUGCAUAGCCGGGGGGAGUCCUACUCCGCGCCUCAACUGGACUAAAGAUGAUGGGCCCUUGCUGGUGACUGAACGUCACUUCUUUGCUGCAGCCAACCAGCUGCUCAUCAUCGUGGAUGCAGGGCUGGAAGAUGCCGGGAAGUACACUUGCAUCAUGUCCAAUACCCUGGGAACAGAACGGGGGCACAUUUAUCUGAAUGUCAUGUCCUCCCCCAACUGUGACUCCUCCCCGAGCAGCCUGGGCCAUGAAGACGAUGGUUGGACCACUGUUGGCAUUGUCAUCAUUGUGGUGGUCUGUUGUGUCGUGGGCACCUCUCUGAUCUGGGUCAUUGUGAUUUACCAUAUGAGAAGGAAGAAUGAAGACUACAGCAUCACAAAUACAGAGGACCUCAACCUGCCUCCAGACAUUCCCAGUUACUUGUCUUCCCAGGGGACCCUGUCUGAACCCCAGGAGGGUUACAGCAGCUCAGAAGCAGGCAGCCACCAGCAGCUCAUGCCUCCUGCCAGCGGAUACUUCCACAAAGGUGGCGAAGGUGGCACUGGUACCCGAGUUAUCUGCUCAGAUUGUUAUGAUAAUGCCAACAUCUAUUCCCGCACCCGAGAAUACUGUCCGUACACCUAUGUUGCCGAGGAAGAUGUUCUGGAUCAGACAUUGUCAGGCCUGAUGGUCCAGAUGCCCAAGGAGCCAUAUUUGGCACAUCUACCCCAGGAUGCUGCUGUCCUGGAGAGCCUGGUAUCCUCAGCAGAGAGAGAGACGCCAGCCUUUCCUUCUAGCCACGAGAGGAUACACGAGAAGAAACUCACUGCCACACACAUGAGCAACGAAACCUUGCCACGACCUCUGUGGAACAUAAACCAAGACCUGGGCCUCCCGUCCUCUCCCUUUGCACCCAAACCAGGCCUCGAGUCCCCCAUGCUGCAUCGAAGUGAGGGUGCAGCAGAGAAUGGCCCAGACUGUUCGGCUUCCCCCAGGCCCUGCCCCACAUUUCAGGACCAUGCUUUUGAUUUUAGCAGGACUAGGAAUGUGCAAGAUGGAAGCGAGGGUACCUGAAACUCUCUCCAGGAGGAAAAAAAAACAAAAACCAAA